UUGUAUUUCUUUUUAUUUUUUUAUUUUAACAAAACAUCGAUAGCACAAUGAGAUAGGUACUCUGAGAUACUUAUCAAAAUACAGCAUAAUUGUUAAAGUAAAUGAAUCAUAAAAAUAUAAUAACCAUUGAAUCUUAUAAUAAUGAAAUAGACAACCAGGAUUUAAAACAAAAAUGUAGGAUCGUCUACAGCAAUGGGUAGGAGGUGGAUAUUUUUAUUAGCAGCUAUCGUAGCUACAUUGCAUUUCUCCAUAAUUCUAUUUAUGUUGAGCCCAUUGUAUUUUGCUAAAAAUUCUUAUUAUGGAGGCAGUUACGCAAAUCGCCUUUCUUUGAGGCAGCCAAAUGUAAACUGGUGCAAAGAAUUGAGGUUUCGUGUUCCACCAUCUAAUAAUGUCGUAGCUUUGGUGUCCUAUCCUGGAAGCGGGAACACUUGGCUGCGAUAUCUCUUGCAACAAGCUACAGGCAUUAUGACAGGCUCAAUAUACAUGGAUUAUGGUUUGAGAGUGCAUGGCUUUCCAGCGGAGAAUGUGACCAAUGGAUCAGUACUAGUUGUGAAAACUCAUGAAGGCCCUCCGUCUGAUAACAAGUUUCAAGCCGCUGUAUUGCUCAUAAGGAAUCCUAGGGAUGCCAUAUUGGCUGAUUUUAAUAGAAUCCACAAGGGCCAUAUAGGCACAGCCCCAAAGUCUGCAUUUAAAAGAAAAACAAGGGAACAUAAAUCUGACUGGGCGACAUAUGUGUCAGUAGAGCUGAGAUCCUGGGAAAGCACACACAAGCAUUGGUUGAACGACUUUCCCGGGCCCAUUCAUAUUGUGUUCUAUGAAACUUUGGUGGACAGGACCAGACCGACGAUACAGGGGAUUUUGGACUUCCUAAAUCAUACUGUUACGGAGGAGGACAUGAAUUGCGCGAUGUACAACAAAGAAGGUAUUUACAGAAGAAGAAAAAAAUACACAGAUUUCGAUCCGUUUACGCCGAACAUGUAUGCGGCGUUACAAACUGUAAGAAAUCGAGUGCGGGACAUGGUCAUAGAUUAUCAAAGAACUCACAAUCGCACAGAGUAAAAAUUAUUGCUCAUAGAUAAAUUAUAGUUCAAAGUUGUAGAUAAAGUAAAAAUUAUGAAUUGUUUUCUUUUCAUAUUUAGAAUAGGUGAUCUCGCCUAUGCACAUAUUUUUUCUGUAUAUCACAGAAAAUGUAUGCGGUCGUGACUAUUUGACUUGACUCAAUGUGAUUAAUUUUUUUACCAUAUUUUAAUUUAACAUUAUUUUGUUUAAAACAACAUUUUAUGCAGUGUCUCGUCAACUUGUGUCGUCAAAUGUCAUAAUAUUAACUGUUUUUUUUUGUACCUGAAUUAACAAAAAAGUAAUGUCUUUUCACCUUUUUUUUAGAUUUUUUUUUCAUUGUAUUCUUUUGUAUAAACUUGUAGUCUAGUUUUAAUAAUACUCAUUUAUAUUUGUUAUAUUAUCUUAAAUAGUACAAUGGAAGUUUCUUAGGCCUAAUGCUAUUUAUAUGUUUUUGUAGUGUAAGUGUUGUAUAGGUGUUUAAUUAAAUAAAUUUGCUUUCAUAUAUAUAUUAUAUAUGCUAUCAGAAACCCCGAAAAGAUAAAGUUCCUACUAUAACGAACUAUGUACUUAAUUGAGGAAACUCAUAUUAUAUUUAUAUUUUUUAAUAUUAUUAUACUGUUAUGUAUACUUGUUUGUUAGUUGCUUUAGUAAGGAUUCCUUUAGUAGUUCAUAUUAUUUAAUUUUUACUUUUUAGUAUCUUUUCAGACGAUUAGAAUUUCCCGUUAUAAUUAUAAGAUUGUAAAUAAUGUUAUUUAGUAUAAGUAGGUAAAAAUUUUAAUUAAACAUAAAUGUUCAAUGUGUGAUGUAUUAAAACUUAGAAUAAAUAAAUUAAAGCAUUUUUUAUAUGUUAAACAGUGGUUUAUGUAAACUUCCAAUUAAUUUUGGUAAAAAAGGGAUAUUGAAGAAAUAUUUCCCAUAAUUUCUUGCCUACUAGUCACAAAUAAUUGUUGCAAUGUAUAUUGUCUUUUGCAUCGUGUUGAUAAUAUUUAGCGCAUAAAAAUCUACAAAUUAUUAGUAAACACAGUACCUUUAAGUAAAAACCACGUCAUAUAAUAAAGUAUAUAAGUACAUACCCAAAUUGUAAACUUUGCUUCAAAAAAGCCAACUAAUACAUGUGUGUAUGCGUAAAAUAUUACGCCAACAAAUGUGUGUAUGCGUAACUAAUUUUGUCUUGGCGUUUUUUUCACGAUUAGUAACUAAUAUGUACUUUAAAAUUCAUUUUAGCUUUGAAAAAAAAAAUGAUAUUUCAGUGUAAGGUAAAUAAAUUGAUUCUUGCUUGUUCAGCCACAUCUAGUCUCAUUUGUUCUAGUCAAAUCUGUUAUUAGAUAAAAUAUAUGUUGUUUUUGAAGUAACUCGUGUUGGGGUGCUUUUCCACACGAUGUACGAGGAUGUGUAGCGAGGAAUGUGUUUGUAAAUAACCAAUAGUAUCGCUUCAAAUACUAAACGCUUCGAACUUUGAACUAAAUUAAGUGAUAUGAUUGGACAAACACAUCCCUCGCUACGCAUCCUCACACAUUAUUGGUGGAAAAGCAACCUUAUAAUAUUGUUGUUGGUUUAAGUAAAUAUGAACAUUGCAGAACUCAUUGAAUAUAAAAUUAUAUGCAUCCGAUUGAAACAAAUCAGUAUUAAAAUAAUUGAAAUGCCAAAGUUAAUAUACGUAUUUAUUAUGCUUGGAGAGUAUGUGAAAAUUAGAUUAUUUUUCUGUCUUCUAAAUAAUAGUGAGUUAGUAAAAAAUUAAAUGUUUAACUUCUUUUUUUGUAAUGUUAACGUAAUAGCCGUCCAGAAAAUCAAUAUACCCUUAAAUCUACUAUACCUAAAAUAAU